AUGUGGGAAUCUUUCAUUUCUACUAAGUGGUCCACGCGAUCACUUGGUGGACCCCUCCUUUCCUCCGACAUCUUCAAAGAGCCUGAGAAAGCCUUUAGUGAACUCAGCAAAUGGCGCCUUGACUACUACGUCUUUGGGUUUAAGGAGGACGUCAUUUCCGACAAGGUUUUAACUGACGCCAAGCCUGCUGCUCCCCUGAAGGUCGAGGAGCUCAGGACGAAACUGAACACUGAGAUUGUCAACACUGUCGCCGUUCGCUCCGGCCGCAGGAGGCCGACCUACUCCCCCAAGGUUCUGAGGGCUCUUUCCAAGGGCAGCGAAGAUAGCGUCGACACUUCCUCCGAGGGCGACGACUACACGACUUCCUCUAAGGACCUCAUGGACACUAAGAUUUUGGAAUACCGGAAGCUCCUCACCAAGACUGUGAAGCUCAAGACGUCCCUUCUGUCUGAGAAGGUCCGCGUCACUUGCAGCAAGGACGGCAGUCACUUGGAGUGGUUCAAGUCCAAGUCUGAGGACUCGUCGAAGAAGGCUGAUGGCCGCAUUGCCGUGAGCAAGAUCACCAACGUCACCACAAAAUCUGACAACAUAAAGCACCUUGAGAUCUUCGUCGGCAAGAGCAGCUUCAUCUUCCUCUUCAGGUCUCGCGAGGAGCGCGAGCAGUGGCAGACUGACUUCAAGAAGUUCCUCAAGUUCAUGGAGCUGGUGAAGAAGAAGUAG